AUCAAAUAUUUACAUGUAAUUUUAUGUCAAAGCAGCUAAAUAUGAAUCUUUCGGAACACCCUUCAGCGUAUAAAGCAGUCAAAAACAUAGUUCUGGUCGGACGUACCGGAAACGGAAAAAGCGCCACUGGAAACUCCCUCAUUGGGAAAGACGUGUUCAUCUCAGAAGCGAAAGCAACAGGUGUUACCAAAACAUGUGAGACAUAUAAAGCGGUAACACCAGGUGGCUCGAGGAUCAACGUGAUUGACACUCCCGGUCUAUUCGAUUUGUCGGUGUCUGCUGAAUUUAUCAGUAAAGAAAUCAUCAAUUGCCUUAGGCUGGCGGAAGGAGGAUUACAUGUUGUAGUGUUAGUUCUAUCCGUGAGAACUCGGAUUACUCAAGAGGAAGAGAACACACUUAGUACCUUGCUGGUCCUUUUCGGGACUGAAAUCCUUGACUAUUUGAUCGUUCUAUUCACCGGCGGUGAUGAGUUGGAAGCAAACAAUCAAACACUGGACGAUUAUUUUUAUCAAGGUUGCCCCGACUUUCUUAAGACAGUUCUUGAUUUAUGUGGCGAUAGAAAGGUCAUGUUUAAUAAUAUGACUAAGGAUAAACGCAAGAAGGUCGAGCAAGUCCAGCAGUUUCUUGCCCUUGUCGCAAAGGUUGAAGAGCACAAUGAUAGAAAACCGUUUAAAGGGAAAAUGUACCGUGAAAUAAAGAACGAGACUAAAUGGCUUAAAGAACAGAAGAAGGCAGUUGAAGCUAGGAACCUUGGAGAAGCAGAGUUAGCGAAAAUGAAGAAGGAGAUACAAAUGGCAUAUGACACAAGGAUGAGCCAAAUGGAAGAGAUGGUGAAGAAUACGCUAAAAGAGACUUCUGCUGUGCAUGAGAGAAUGUUUUCUAUGCUAAAUGAGAAUCUCGAGAAGGCACAAAGAGAAAACAUAGAUCUGCGCAAAGAGCAUGAUCGUGAGCAAAAGAAGCGGAUGCUGAUUAAGCUUGGUUUUGGAGUACCGGGGGCGGCGCUGGGAGUGAUAGGACCGGCGGCGGCGCUUGCAUUGUGUAGCAUCUUGUGAUCAAUGUACCCAGUUCAGCCUAGGGUGAUAAAAGAUUAAGUCAACGUCAAUUCAUCCAGGAGCUCAAGUCCUGCACGUCGUCCAAUCUUCAUGUACCCUUUUUUUAUGUGUGCUUCUUGUUUACUUUUUCAAUUUCUAUUUUCUUUAUUUCAUUGCAACCAUCAAUGAAAAUUUAAUGGUCAA